GAAGGGAGAGAGAGAAACAUCGAUGCAACAGAGAAGGCUCAAUUGGUCGCCUCCUGUACACACAUGGACCAGGGAUGGUUUGCACCCGGAUCAGGGACUGAACCUGCAACCUAGCCCACAGGUCCUGCCUCCCCAGGAGCAAGAAACAUCAAGUGAAGGAAUGAGGGAAGAAAGAGGAGGUUCUUUGACUUGGAUAUCAUCAUUUCUGGGGACAACUUUAACUGGACACCUAGAUUUCUGCUGCUAAGAACUUCAUGGCAGAUGCAGAAGAGACAAAAGGCAUAGAAUCCAUGUUACUGAGUAUUUCCUGAGCACAGAAGAACAUGAUGGAAGCCCAGGAGUUGCUGACAAUGGAGGAUGUGGCCGUGGAGUUCAAUUGGGAGGAGUGGCAGCUCCUGGACCCUGCUCAGAAAGACCUGUAUCGGGACGUGAUGUUGGAGAACUAUCACAAUCUGGUUUCACUGGGAUACCAUACUACCAAACCAGCUGCACUGUCCAAGUUGGAACAUGGAGAAGAACCACAGAUAACAGAGGAUGAAAUCUAUAAUAUAAGCUGUGCAGAAAUCAGGAAAGUUGACAGUUGCCUGCAAGAUCAUUCUCACAACCAAAAGGUUCAGAAGAACAUGCAACAAUGCAGUGAAAGGAAUGCACCUAGAAAUACUAUUCAUCUGAACAAAACAAAUAUGACCAUAAUGCAAAAUCAUAUGUUGGAAUUAUGUAAGAAAGCUUUUAAAUCAAGGUUAAGUUUAAUUAACCAGAAGAGAAGAUAUGAGGUAAAGAACCCAGCUGAGUUUAAUGGACAUGAGAAAUCCUUUUUCCAUGGUAAUCAUGAACAAUGGUACCCUGAAAUUGAAAUCCCUGAAAGUGAAAAACACAUCACCACUGAAUUCCGAGUCUUUAAGCAACAAAAUACUCAUAAAAUAGAGAGGUCCCAAGAAAGCAUUGAAGGUGAGAAAGCCUGCAUCAGGACACCUUGGCUCAUUUACCAUGAGGGCAUUCAUACAGGAGAGAAAACCCAUGGGUGUGAUCCAUGCGGGAAAUCCAGAAAUUUCAUGGUCACUAAACAUCAGAAAACUCAAUCACAAGACAAACUCUGUAUAACCAAUGAAUACAAAAAGGACCCUCCUGUGAAGAGUAGUCUCACCAGACAUCAGCAAACCCAUUCAGGAGAGAAAUACUGUGUUUGUAGUGACUGUGGGAAGAGCUUCACUAUGAAGCGCUAUCUGAUUGCACAUCAGCGAACUCAUAGUGGAGAGAAACCUUAUGUGUGCAGUGAAUGUGGGAAAGGCUUCACUGUGAAGAGUAAUCUCAUUGUGCAUCAGCGAACUCAUACAGGGGAGAAACCCUAUAUAUGCAGUGAGUGUGGGAAGGGUUUCACCAUGAAACGUUAUCUUGUUGUUCAUGAGCGAACUCACACUGGAGAGAAACCCUAUUUAUGUGAUGAAUGUGGAAAAUGCUUUGCUGUGAAGGGUAAUCUCAUUGUUCAUCAGCGAUCUCAUACAGGGGAAAAAUCUUAUAUAUGUAGUGAGUGUGGAAAAGGCUUCACCGUGAAGCGCAAGCUCACUAUACACCAGCGAAUUCAUACAGAAGAGAAAUCGUACAUAUGUGAUGAAUGUGGAAAUGGUUUCACCACAAAGCACACUCUUAUUAUUCAUCAACGAAGUCACACAGGAGAAAAACCCUAUGAGUGCAAGGAAUGUGGGAAGGCUUUUACCAGAAGGUCAGGGCUUAAUAAGACAUGCCUCAUACUACAUUAGAUAUUUUACCCAGGAAAGACUUCCUUUGCAUGUACUGAAUGUGGAAAAUUCUCAUUGAGCAAAAAUGAUCUCAUUACCCAGCAGAGAAUUCACACAGGUGAGAAACCUGAUAAGUGUAAUAAAUGUGGGAAAGCCUUCAUUACAAAGACAGGUGUCAAAGUUCAUAAAACAAAACACACAAGAGCGAGGCCCUAUGGGGGCAGCGAUUGUGUAAAAGCUUUUGCCCACUUGUCAGUUCUUGUAAAACAUAAGAGAAUUCACAGGCAGUUACUUUGGGGAAAGCCUGAGUACAAGUGUCAGGAUAGAAGCCAAUUUCAGGAGCUUCUCACCUUCUCGCUAACCCCGGCUAUUGGUGCCAAAGUCGAGCCUUACCUUCUGUACGGUGGUCGUACGUCCAACAUGGCGGCCCCCGUGACGGCAACGUGUAAUGGGCGCCGACAUGUUGCCUUGGAAGGGAAUUCGGAAAUUGCCCGCGCUUCUUGA